AUGCUUCCUUCGCAACUUUUUUUGUCUCAGAAAAAUAUUCUAAAAGCAAAUAUAUGUACGGUUCUUGGAGAAAGUAUUAUUUCUUCAGCUCGGGAAGAAAAGGCGUGGAAACCUUGUUGGCUGACAUUAUGCGACGAUCCAAAUGGCGGUUGUGAGCUGAUCAUCUCAGACACCGAGCUGAGCGCGAAAGCCAGAUUGGUUCUUGAUUUGGCGUACUGCGUAAUGUAUCUGCUAGAUGAUUCCGUAUUUUCACGUGAGGGCUGUGUGUUUUUCUCGCAGACGGAUAUCGACCUACCCGGUAUAUAUCUGUGUUUUCGUCCUACGCAUGUUCUUAUAAAAUGGCUGGAGCUUUUGAGGCCAAGAGUCUUGGGUCUUCGAACGGGUGCCGUGCCUGUAAUGAUCGGAUUGCAAUUUGAACCACCGAAACAAUCAUAUGUAGCAGUUUUACAGUUACAUAUUGAUAAGUAUAGAUCGGAGUCGGUGAAGCCCGACGGAUUCUACUCAGCUUACGGGAUGAUUUGUGGAAUCAAGGUGUGCAGUACACCUGUCAUUGUUGCUUCAACUAGCAAGGGAGCUCCUCCCUCGGUUAUCUUUGACUGUUCUUUCUUGUUACCACUAGUCCCGCCUGAAAAUGGCACUCUGCAAUUCUCAGUAUUGUCGCAUCCUGGCGGCGGCAAGAAGAGUAGACCAUUGGGAGUAUCGGCGUUAUUCUCAUUGCCUGAUGCAAGAUCUCAUGCUGAUGCACCCGAAUCGGGCUUUACUUUUCGCGCUGCACGAUAUCGAAUCAAGGUGUUAUCACUGGAUCAAUAUGCUCCUUUGAUGCAGUACUUGAGGGAGGGAACAGCUGAAUUACUGGAAUGGGCAUCAGAUGUGCUAUCUAUACAGCAGCGAUCUCUCCUAUGUUGGUCGAUUGUCUCACUUCUCCUUCCUACUCGAGAUGAUCUUUUGCAUCUGAUUAGGUGA